AUAAGACAUCCUACUAAACUACAUUAUACUACGUAAAAACAAUAACCACCUUCCAUUUCCCACAUUAGCCAAAUCGUUAUCCCUAACCAUAUUCACAUUAUUACUAACAUGUUUUCCUUAACACUUCCCAUGCCACUACUACUAAAGACAGCUAUUACUACUAACCAUGUUCAUCGGGGGAUCACUCAGAUACAAACUCAUUCUCGAUAUUCUUCAAAGCUUGUUACCAAACGCGUCACUACUGUCGUGGCUUUUCAGGAUCGGGUGGAUGGGGAAACUUCUGUGGACGGAGAUUUUCCAGAAGUGGAGCCAUUGCCGAAGGAACUGCAAGCGGAUCUGAUGCCUAAGCAUGUGGCGGUGAUUAUGGACGGGAAUGGGAGGUGGGCAAAGAUGAGGGGGUUACCGGCAUCAGCGGGUCAUGUAGCCGGUAUAAAGUCGUUGAGAAGGAUGGUGAUGUUGUGUUAUAGUUGGGGAAUAAAGGUUCUAACUGUUUUUGCAUUCUCAACCGAUAAUUGGAUUCGACCUAAGGUGGAAGUUGAAUUUUUGAUGAGCCUCUUUGAAAGAACAAUAAAUUCUGAAAUUGAAGCACUAGAGAGGGAAGGAAUUCAAAUAUCUGUGAUUGGAGAUACAUCAAAGCUCCCCAAGUCAUUGAAAAGUAUGAUAGCUAGUGCUGAAGAGAGUACAAAGGAGAAUCCCAAAUUCCAACUUAUUUUGGCAGUAAGCUAUAGUGGAAAAUAUGAUUUAGUCCAAGCAUGCAAAAGUGUAGCCCAAAAAGUGCAAGAUGGCAUUAUUCAUUUGGAAGACAUAAAUGAAAAUAUUAUUGAAAAGGAAUUAGAAACUAAUUGUACAGAAUUUCCUUAUCCAGAUUUACUAAUACGGACCAGUGGAGAACUUAGAGUUAGUAAUUUCUUGUUAUGGCAAUUGGCAUAUACAGAACUUUUCUUUAAUAGAAAACUUUGGCCUGAUUUUGGGAAGGAUGAGUUUAUAGAGGCCUUAACUUCAUUUCAAAAUAGACAGAGACGUUAUGGUGGACGAUAUUAAUCAACCAAAUACUUUUGAUUUUUUUUUUUCUUCCUUUCAUAUGCUUUUGGACCCAAUUUGUUCUUUGCAAACAUUCACUUUUCAUUCUUUUUUGUAAUUUGGUUUCGCGCAUGUACGCAAGUUCGCUGGGUUGCGCUCGUGAUUAGUGAUUGUUUGUUAGGAUAGAUUAGGGUUGAUCCACUAGAUUUGUUUUCACUAUGUAUUCCCGAUUGAGUUGUACGUGGGUCAUGCUUAAUGUCACUAUAGUUUCUCUUUCUUGUUGUUUA